UCCAGUAACCACAUAUGCGUCUUGUAUUUGCUGCGAACUCAAAGUUUAAAAAAAAAAACUCCUUUUAAAUAAUCUUGGGAUUUAAUUAUGAGUUAAUAGUAAUGACUACACGUUUAAACUAGCUCCCUUUUGUUGUAUUAUUAUUAUGAUUAUUAAUAAUAGUUAUUUUAUAGCGAAAAACACCGUAUUAGCAACGUGAGCUAACAAACAUGGAGAUGUCAGAAGAAGAUGAGCUGAAAAGCCUCAUGGCUAAAAACUCAGAAGAGGCUUUUAUGGAAAUCUUGUCAAAGCUGAAAGAGCUUUUAGGCAGGAAGUCCUUAGGAGACCAGAAAGAUUUAGAAAAAUGCAAACAAGACCUUUUCCACCACAGAGUACUUGACUACUGCUCUGCUGCUCUCAAAUUCAACCCUGCCAAAAUUCAAGGAAGUUAUUCCUCCAUGACUCAAAUGGCAGACGUCCUCAGCACCUGUUGCGUAGGCAUCGGCUCUGUGAGAGACGGAGACGUGUUUCGUCGUCAGUUUCUUCCAGGAGUAAUUGACAACAUCCUGUUCCUUAUACACCGCAUCAUGAACAGAGCAAUAAGGGAUAAAGGACAAACCGAGAUGAUCCGUCUCUUUCGGAACAUCAUUAAUUCUCUCAGCUGGCUUAUUAGAGCUCACCCUCAUCUAAUCCCUUGUGUUCUCAACUCCAGAUAUUACGAGAGCGUGCAGAUGAGUGACGACGACGAGAUCUCAGCGGGUAUACUAACGAUGUGGUACAAUCUGUUCAGGACUAACAGUGCAGCUGUAUCUGAGAUCACAACUACAGCGCUGUACACCAUCCUGGACGACGUGGUGUAUAAAAUGUCAAGCAGCUCCAACCCUGUGAUUGGCAGCGCUGCUGUAAAGAUUUUGCUGUCGAUUACAGAGCAGAAGAGUCACUCUGUUUCUCUGCAGCUUCACGAGCGCUACAAAGGGUUGGAGGAUAUGGUGCAGAAGGACUGGCGAGGUAAAGGCUUCGAUGCAACACUGAUGCAACUCAUCCACAGACUGCAAUCUGAGGGUCCUGGAAAAGACACUCGGGCUCAGUACUCAUCUGCGGAGAGGGUUCGAGCUGCCUGUGUGAUCCAGGCUGCAUGGAGAGCUCAUCAGACCCGAUGCAGGCUGAAGAAACUCCCCAGAGCCGUGAGCGUGUUACAGAGAAGCUUCAGAGAGAGGAGACGCCAGAAACAGGCAGAGACAGAGAAACGUCUUGCGGAGGAAGAACUGCGUCAUCAAGUGCGUCUGCACAGACAGAGAGCGAUUCGGCAGUUCCACCAGCGGCAGCUCCAUCUAAUGGAGAUUCUGCCUGCAGAGCACCUGGCACGCUUCCUGGGCGAGCUGGAGAACAGAGCUGCUCUGCUGAUCCAGAGAGUGUGGAGAGGACACAGAGAGAGACAGCAGUUUAAACAGAACAGAUAUCAUCUCAGACAGCACAAAGCUGCAGUGACUCUGCAGAGAGCAAUUUUGGCUUUUCUAAAGCGACGACGCUCUCAGAGGAACUUGGUAGCACCGUGGAAAAGCCCUAAAGGCCUGACCGAGAGCAGGAGGGCAGAACUGAAGAGACAGAUAGAACAUCACGUGUUUCUUCACCCCUCCUCUGUGGUGUCAGCAGAGGGUACUCUAGCGCUCCAUGACAAAGCUCAGAGCAUGCUGCAGCAGCACCUGAUGACGAAAGCGUCGGACCGCGCUCAGGAGCAGCACCGCCAAGCUGUCAUGGCUCAGAUCAACACGGACAUCGAGCUCCUGCUAAGUGUUCCAACAUUGAAAGACAUGCCUGAGGAAGACUCUUGCCUCUUCCUCAGCCGCUCAGCUCCAACGGCCACGCGUGCCCGACAAGCCCACAAUACCCUGCUCCGGAGCGCACACCUGCCCUGGUGGAGGAAGCUCGGAGACGGGUUCUCCAGUCCAGAGUCACUUUCACACCAAGACUACGACGUGGACUUUGAGUCUUUGUAUCUGGGUGGCAGGUGACAAUUGUUUAUCCAUGAACUUCAUCACAAUCCUGAUUCUGUGCCAGCUAAAGGAACAUUAUGACAUACGUUCAAAUACGCACGUUCAAAUUUCUCGUGCCGAUCUGUGAAUUACAACAACAAUGAAUUCAUUGGUCAGAAUCUCAUUGGUCAGAAUAAAUCUUUACAACAGCAGCGACUGUGCUACAUUUCUAUACUGUUUCUACUCUAAAGAUAACAACUAAUCCACAAGGACUUGUAUGUAUGGCUUGUAUUUAAUUCUAAUAUUAAAUACUUUUUUGAAAAAUC